AUGACAACUACAGGUAUUACAACAUCAUCAAUUGUUUUAUUCAGAAGACUUAUUAGAGAAGGUUAUAGAUAUAAUUCAUUCAAAUAUGAUCCAUGGUGGAGAACAAAUGUAAUUCAAUUAUUUAGAGAAAAUAAAGAUGUUACAGACCCAGUUGAAAUCCAAAAAUUACAAGACAAAGUUAAAUCAUAUAGAUAUCUUUUAAAAAGUUCCAAAGAUUUAAGUGAAUUAUUAGAUUCAUGGAAUAUUGCAAUUCCAUCAAGACAAAGAAUUGAAAAAUCAUCACAAAGAGUUGGUCUUAAAGUACCAGAAUGGCCAGAGGAUAGAGAGUUAAGAAUUCAAAAAGAAAAAGAAUUUGGAUUAAAAAAAUAA